AUGGCGAGUACAUGGAAAAAGCUGAAGAAAUCUCUGAUUCGGAAGAUCUCUACCCACCAACGCCACUCCUCCUCCGGCUCCUCCAGUUUCUCGGCCAACAGCAUUGCCUCUUCGCCUUCUCCUUCCUCUGCCUCUCGCUCUUCCUCUCUCCUCUCGUACAGCUUCAGCUUCCGAUCUUCUAAGGAUACCUUUGCUGAGAUUGCCUCUGUUAUUUUCUGUCAAUUUAGAGGUGACCAACUUGUGAAAAAUGGAAGCUUUAGUGUUCUUCUGUGGUUGAAGAUUUGUGCAAUUUGCUUGGGAAGCUUGAAAAAGGGAGAAGGCCAGGCAAUCUUCACGGCCGAGUGCUGUCAUCCUUUCCAUUUCAAUUGUAUUGCUACCAACGUCAAACAUGGAAAUCUCAUUUGCCCCAUUUGCCGCUCUGAAUGGAAAGACAUCCCUUUCCAAGCACCUGAAAAUGAUACUGAUUCCCGGCGUCAUAACAGCAUUGGCCAAGCCUGGUUGGAAAAUGACCACUUUUCUGACGAUGAAUCUCUUCCAACCAUCCAUGCAGGUCCCGCGUCAUCCAAUCGUCUUCAAACCAUAACCAUCAAAGCAUUGCCAGAGUUUCCUGCUGUCUUAGCUUUAGAUGCUGUUUCAAAGUUUGCUAUUCUUGUUGGCAUCCGUUCUCCAUCUUUUCAUGUUGAUGUUCGACAAUUUCAUCGUGCACCCAUAGAUUUAGUUGCUGUGCUUGACGUUAGUGGCAGCAUGGCUGGCAAGCCUGCCCUUCUUCAGCGUGCCGUUUGCUUCAUCAUACAAAACAUGGGCCCUUCAGAUCGGUUAUCCGUAGUUACUUUCUCAUUAUCAGCUAGAAGAAUUUUGCCAUUGUAA